AUGGGCUCCCUCGGCUCGCACGCCGCGCGCAUCCCCGACGCGGACAGCAUCCGGCAGGAGACCGGCUUCUCGCAGGCCAGUCUCCUCCGCCUCUACCACCGGUUUCGGGCUCUGGACAGGAACAAGAAGGGCUACCUGAGCCGCGUGGACCUGCAGCAGAUUGGGGCUCUGGCCGUGAACCCUCUGGGAGAACGCAUUAUAGACAGCUUCUUCCCUGAUGGGAAUCUGCGACUGGAUUUCCCAGGCUUUGUCAGGGUCCUGGCUCAUUUUCGACCUGUCGAUGAUGAGGACCCAGGAAUGCGAGACCCCAAGGAACCUGAACCCCUCAACAGCAGAAUGAACAAACUUCGCUUCGCAUUUCAGCUCUAUGACCUGGACCGGGACGGAAAGAUCUCCAGGCACGAGAUGCUACAGGUCCUCCGGCUGAUGGUUGGGGUGCAGGUGACAGAAGAGCAGUUGGAGAGCAUCGCCGACCGCACGGUGCAGGAAGCGGAUGAAGAUGGAGACGGGGCUGUGUCCUUCCUGGAGUUCACCAAGUCCUUGGAGAAGAUGGAUGUCGAGCAGAAAAUGAGCAUCCGGAUCCUGAAGUGACCCCUCUUUG